UCCGCCCCUCCGGCGGAGCUGGUCUCCGGCCGGGCACCGUCGCGGGCCCCCCUGGCCCGGCCACCUGGGACUGUGCUGCGGAGUCGGCCACCUCCCUGUCUCCUCUCUCCCGCAAAGUUUGUGGCGAAGCCGGGGCCCGGGCAGAGCGCGACCCCGGGGGAGAUCGGGGAGCGCCCGAUGCCGGGCGGCAGGAGCCGUUGACCCAGGACGCCGCCGUCCGGGGCAGGAGCGCGGAGCAGCCGAUCAGCCCGCCGCCUCCGGUGCAUGGGGCCCGGCUGAGGAGCCAGCAUGGGCAACUGCGUGGGAAGACAGCGCCGGGAGAGGCCGGCCGCUCCGGGACACCCCCGCAAGCGAGCAGGACGCAACGAGCCCCUGAAGAAGGAGCGGCUGAAGUGGAAGAGCGACUACCCCAUGACUGAUGGGCAGCUGCGGAGCAAACGGGAUGAGUUCUGGGACACGGCCCCUGCCUUCGAGGGCCGCAAGGAGAUCUGGGACGCCCUCAAGGCUGCUGCCUAUGCGGCUGAGGCCAAUGACCACGAGCUGGCUCAGGCCAUCCUGGAUGGAGCCAGCAUCACCCUGCCUCAUGGCACCCUCUGUGAAUGCUAUGACGAGCUGGGCAAUCGCUACCAGCUGCCCAUCUACUGCCUGUCGCCACCCGUGAACCUGCUGCUGGAGCACACUGAGGAGGAGAGCCUGGAGCCGCCCGAGCCCACGCCCAGCGUGCGCCGCGAGUUCCCGCUCAAGGUGCGCCUCUCUACAGGCAAGGACGUGAGGCUCAGCGCCAGCCUGCCCGACACAGUCGGGCAGCUCAAGAGGCAGCUGCACACCCAGGAGGGCAUCGAGCCAUCCUGGCAGCGAUGGUUCUUCUCCGGGAAGCUGCUCACAGACCGCACGCGGCUCCAGGAAACCAAGAUCCAGAAAGAUUUUGUCAUCCAGGUCAUCAUCAACCAGCCCCCACCACCCCAGGACUGAUGAGCCCACGGACCCCUGGGCAGAGAGGCCGAGGAGGGCCUCUGCCAGGCUGAGAGGCCUCCCAGCUGGAGCACUAGGACCCCCAUCCCUGCUGCUGCCUUCCAGUGCUGUUCUUUCUUCAGGGGCACCUCCCUGCUGUAUGGCUGCUGGGCGAGCCGUGAGGGACCCUGCCUCCCAGGGGCACUGUGGGCCACCAGUGCCCAGCACCCAGGAAGCAGCAUGCUGUCACACACAGGCCUUGCCAACCUUGUCAGAGAAAAGGCAAACUGGGGCCCUCCAUCCUGCCUCUCUCCUGUGGCGGGCUCGAGCCACAAGGGCCAGCCUGGAGGCCCUGGAGCCCAGAUCUGUCAUCUGGUGCUGCCGGCUGUGCUCACUCCGGUUUUCUCCUCAGGGUCUGAAGCAGCUGCUGUCUCCUUCCCCUGCCCCCACCCCCUGACUCUGCCCGGGGCACAGUGCCAGUCCCCCGGAGGGGAGGGGACCGGACCGCUGGGGAGUCCCAGGGGCCGGGAGCCUGAGACCGGCCUCUGCCUCUCCCUGCCCGCAGCACAAUUGGCAGAGAUGAGGCGAGUGGCCGGACAGCUGGGCUGUUGUGGCAGGGGUCUGCACAGGGCCAUCUCCUGGCUGUCACCCAAGUGGUGGGGGGUCUGCAGCCUGGUUGUGGCCCCACAGCAGGUCCCUGUGUACAGACGUAUCUGCAUAUUUAUCAAUAAAGCCUUUUGCUCCUUGCUGUUGA